AUGGAACAAAACAUAAGCAAGUGCUCCACAGGAGACAGUGUGGACCAUCUAGCAGAAACCACGAUACUUGAGUCGCCGAUUGCGCGCAUGGUCACAGUCUCAGAAGCCGAUGCCUCCUUUUUAGAACGGAACUAUCCAGCUCAAGAUUCUGAUGCAGAUAAUAAAGUCCUUGGAGCUAUUUUGUUCCGUCCAACCUUGUCAGGCCAUCGAAGAUCUAAAUCGGAGAAUGGAGAAAUGCAGCACACUAUUGACGAAAUCUGCGAUAUCCUGGAUGGUAUAUCAAUUUUGAAGAAACCGGGUAAGGAGAUUGAAGACGAUACGAGGUGUGUGGUACCUGGUGUCAGGUUUCGAGAAGCCUUGAAUAAACUGGCGAAGGUCAUUCAGUACCGGGAUGAUAAAUGGAGAAGAGAAGGCCCUGAAAGGGAUAAACAGUUCGAUGCGAUCAGAAAAGCAGCCUCUUUAAUCGAUUCCAUGCCAGAGGCGAACGACCAGAUCUUUGCAGACUGGGACUAUAACAGCCGACUUUGCGUAUACAGAAUCAGACUUUGGUUGAGAUCAGGGACUUCUGACAAGGCUGACGUAUAUCAAGAGUAUUAUCAAGACGCGGAGCCGGUUCAACUCAUGGGUGAUCCAAUAUCAGUUGUUUCUUGUUUAAAGAAACACCGCAAGAGGUUUCGAUGCAAUGUUUGUCUCGAUAGCUUUGAUAGAGCCACCAGGUUACAAAAUCAUCUCGUCUACCACGAUGGCGAAAACAAGCACGACAGCAAACUGGAUGCAACGAGGCGAAUUCAUGAGCAAAGUGCAGGUCAAAUGCGACAAAGAGAUGGACCUGAUACCAGAAAGAUUGCAGUAAAGCCUUUGAGAAUGACUGUCACAGAGAAAUCGAUUCAGAUGCAGCCGAGUCACAAGGAGAGUGCGAAGAACAGUGGCAAUACGACGGAAAGUGCAAGACCAAUGAAGAAGGCAACAGAAGAAUUUAUUCUAGGAGAUAGUUGGUUCGACAUUUCACGUUUGACAGACUCUGCACACUCAGCAAAUACUGAGGAAUACCAAAGCAGGACCCCUCUAUGA